AUUCAUCUGUUAAUUGUCAUAGUUAAGGAGAAAAAAACUUCCUUAGAAAAUUAAAUAGGCAUUCUAAAUAUUCUUGGAUAUUUAGCGCUGCGUCUGUAGCAAUUUCAUAUGCUGACCAGCGAGAUAUUUGACUUCACACUGAACUCAGUGUAUUUGAGGACGUUUGUGUAUCCACAGAAAAAAACGUUGUCAGCUGAAACAACUUUUAAAAAAUCCACAAUCAAAAGGACAUUCCUGUCGAAGAGAGGGAAACACGUGCGCGGAAAGGAUGGCACGCAAGAUGGUUAACACCCGCUUCUGGACACAGAAACACCCGCUUCUUCUUUACGCAGGUGUUGCCUUGAUCGUCGGCCUUAGAAAUUCUUGUACUGCAGAAGUACGGGCAGAAGACAUUGCAGAUAAACGUAUAACGUGCGAUGCUCCAUCAGUCAUACCAGGGAACAGUACCUCAAUUGUAUGUCAUUUUCUUGAAGAUAUUAAUCAAACCAGGAGGAACUUUUUUGUGUCCUUCUACAAAGGAGAUAAGAAAGAAGAGGCAGUCAACGUUCUGGCGUGUUUGUGGGUGUUAGAAGAAACUAGAUGUUUCGUCUGGCCAGGAUAUAAAUACGAUGGCAGGAUAUCUCAAGAAAUCUCAUUGAAGAUUCCACGAGCUUCUGCAAACCAAGUUGGAAGAUAUGAGUGCCAAGUUGAUACAUAUGAUUAUAACAUUACGCCCUGUGAAUUCAGAGUGAGACUAGAGGGCAAGGCGCAAUGCUACAUUGAAUCAGCAGCAAUGUCCUCAAACACAUCAUUGACCUGCUUCUUCCCAGAGGAUCUCAGCGAAACUAAAGCAGAAGCUGCUGUGUAUCAUCACACAAGACGUGGUGCUGAAUCACUUGAAGUGAUGUCGUGCGUAUGGAAAGGAGAAAUAGUGGACUGCACAGCCUCCCGCGGCUACGAAUUAGAUGGUAGUGUGACAGACCACAUGACUGUAAGGAUCCCCAGUGUUGUGAAGAGUCAUGAAGGGCACUAUAGCUGUCAGACUACCGGCCUGAGAUCACACCGUUAUGGCGACUGCUAUCUAGGGCUUGAGCAAGUAUCAACUGAACUCAUCACAUCAGCGUGUAACAUUUCGAGUGUCAAGGAAAUGGAUCCUACAGCGCUGACCUGCACAUUCAGCGUUAAUAUAAAAGCCACUAGAAAAAAUUUUGAAGUCGUUCGCCUGGAUUCUGACGGGAGAAAAGCAGCCCGCAUUAUUACCUGCAUCUGGAUGGACGAGAAGCUGGUUUGCACCACAGCCUCAGGAUACCUGUUCAACAGCGAUGUCACUGACUAUUUUGUAAUCAGAAUACCAAAAGCUUUACGUGUUCAUAACGGAACGUAUUCAUGUCACGUGAUGGGCGUUGAGCCCGAUGAGUUUUCGUCAUGUGAAUUUAUCGUAUCAACAGGUAGGAAAACACCCGUAUGCGUUACUUUAAUGAUCACAUCAUUCACAUUGAGACAAACAGAAACGCAUCAACAAUUGUUUACCCAAGCUACGGCAAAUGCGCGCGAUUGUUACCUCUUCGCGACGUGGCGGCGAAUCCCCGCGAAUGAAUUUUCCACAGGUAUUUGAAAAAAAAUGUAUAUCUCUUUCAACCUACAAUACCGAAAUUUAUCUACGAUACUACGUUUUCAAGAGCAUUUUGACAACAUUUACGUGGUGUGAAUUUUAAGAAAUAUAUUUUUUGUUUGUUGUUUUCUUUCUUUCUGUUGGUAGUAAAAUCAAAUAUAAAAAAAAAAAUUGUAACUGUAUGAGGCAAAGACUUCAAGGGAAGUAAUCAAUAUGGAUCAAUUAUUAAAGAUUACAGUAGUUUUCUCCCUUAUCGAUUCCUUCAUUUACGCACAGUUACAACCUAAGACUUCUACUGAACCCAGCGAGUGGGGAAAUAGUAGGCUGGGAAAUAGCUGUUUCCUCUGAAACAUGUUUCCGCAUUUAAACAUGGCCCUAAUGUAGUCAGGCUUGAAUCAUCAAAAAUGAUCAAAUGAUAAGACAACAAGCAGAGUGUCAUCAAGACAAACGUUUCCCGUAUACGGUACGGAAAUGUCGUUUUGGAACACAAAGGCUUUUUUUUAGCUCACACGUCCCUGUUCACUCUGGCUAAAACUUCUUGCUAAAGUUUGUCUGUCGGUUUAUUUUUAAAAUAAAGUACAAACACCGAGAUAUGGAAGACAACAGGAAAGCACUAAGAAGAAUAUGGUGAUUCGAACUGUUGCUGAGGUAAGUUUUAUUUUCUUCCUGGUGUAAGUAACUGAUAACUAGUCUUGAGAUUAGAAGACUAUCAGUUAUGUUCCAUGCAUGCUUUCAUUACGAACAAAAAAAUUAACAUGCGCAAAUAAGUUAAAAUAAUGUCAAUUUUAUUAUUUGAGUUGUGUCUUAUGCAUAGUGAAUGAUUACAAAAUUAUGGCGAG